CAGAAAGCUGCAUAUGCAAGAUUGAUGACCUAAAAAUUACUGUCCAAAAAGUUUUGAAAGCAGAAUGUAAAGGGUUGUCAUAUGUGCCUAAAAUACCACCAAAUGCAACUUUGCUCUAUGAUAACUUUCAAGUGCCAGACACGAUGAAUGUUCACGGGAUAUACGACACUAGCGCUCACAUGACCGUAUUCACAUCAAGGUCUGAAUACCAGAAGUAUUUACAGCGAGAGGCAGGAGUAUCCRGGUCUUUUUUGGGUUUUUACGCUGGUGUCAAGAAGGCGUGGGGCAGUUCUGCUAGUGGUGCUAAACAAACCAAUCUUGCAGUUUUUGAUAUCGAUGUUGACAGAUACGAGAUCUUCAAGGACGAGGUUAAGCCACAGGAUCUGAGCAGGAGCUUUCUGAGAGAGUUUGUUAACCUACCAAACUCUUAUUUUGGUCCUGGAGACCCAGCUAAAUUCCAGGACUUCAUUCUUCGAUKGGGAACUCACUACAUCAAGUCUGCCAGAUUUGGCGGUCAGCUGGAACUACGAAAAACACAAUUAGCAAGUAGGACUGCUAGCAAGGAACAAUUCGCCGAAGAGAGUGAGGUUGAGUUCAAAAGUCUAUUUUGGAGUGCAGGAUCAAGAUCUAGUACCAAAUCUGGUAGCUCGUCCCAAUCAGAACAGAAAUACAUGUCUACAUCAUUAACUGUGCAAGGAGGAAGUCAGAGAGUAGCGGCAGCGAUCACUGACAUGUAUUCACCUACAUUCAAGACUGAAUUCACGGAAUGGCUAGAGAGCAUACCCACGUAUCCCAAAGCCUUUAAGUUUCUCAUGGGAUCUAUCACCGAUCUGGUGGAUUUUCGUGCCAACGAUUUGUUUCCUGAUGAAACGAUAGACUUGGGAUGUGAAAAAAAUGGAAAGAAUCUCAAUCAAGAAGAGGAUUCCGAAAAAAGUUACUACAUUCAAGACGGGAAGCGUUUCUACUGUGAGUUUGCCAGUCGAACCGAGAUGGACGUUUUGUUAAAACGCAAACGUGCGAGUCUUAAGAGAGCGAUUGAAGUCUACAUGGAAGAGGGUCCCAUGUCUAUAUCAGAUGUCAGUCUUCCUGCUGGAAAAGCUGGAUGCCAAGGAUAUAAAUCAGUUAUUAGGCCUUCUUGGACUGAUAUGACAACGAACCGCAAACCCUUCAACGUGAAUUUCGACAUGUUAAGAGAUCUGAAGGGGAAUCCUGACGAUGGGCUUGACAUCCCAAGAUCUAUGUCAAGAACUGUCCAAUACAGCGAAGGUAAAUGGUACRCUGCAGACGAAAAUGGUGACUUUCAUCUCUAUGAUGGUUUUAGUAACGGUGGUAGCGGUAACGUUGGUAACAAGAAAAUAUCCAUAUUUGGUCUUGUCCUGAAUUAUAACGAGAACGACGGUAGUCUUGUACUAAGCAGCGCAGAUUAUCAAGAAUCAAAAGGGUACUUUCCAGGACUGAGUGUGCACUUGAAGGGUAGACCACUUGCACUCUCUGAAUGGCCGGCCAAAGAAGUUUUCCAAAGGAACGUAAAAACUGAAAAUAAGAACCCAAUAGGACAUUUACCCUGUAACAUUCACUGGUCCAACGGGCUUAGAUUUGAUCCGAGUGAUACUGGUGGCAAGUGUCUUCAUUUUACAGCUUCUUCCAAAGGUACUUUGUAUGCUGUUUUCUCGGCGGUUCCCAGUAACAAGGACACGUGGUAUUACGUUGAAAUUUCACCAUUUGGAGUUGGUAUCUACAAGUCGCAACAACUCAAGGUGUCUACAGUUAAAACCAAUGCUGUAGCACUAGGAGAUGAGUUUUUGUAUCAAUCGUACUUUGUCUGUGUUACUGAGUCAUCAACAAGUACAGUCAUUGAGUAUGGCAAAUCCCAGGGCACGACGGACAGCGGUGAUGUCUACUUGUCCAUGCUUGAUCACGAUCAACCGAUUCAUGCUCGCUUUUAUUCCUUUGGUAAUGGAGAAGAUCAAGCACAAAUUGUUGAUUCUCAUGUGAUAUCGCGUAAAUUGACCACGACAGAUUGUAAAGGAGAUACUUAUCGAGAUAACGAGGAGCCAAAUUGUGUACAGAAAUGUCACCCAGCUUGUGAUCCACUGGCAGGAUGCAAAUCUAAUUCCCAAGGUGAACCAAAGGCAUCAGAAUGUAACGAGUGUCGUUAUGCCAAAAAUGAAAAUGGUGACUGCGUGAAUCAGUGUGCGGCAGGAGAGAUACCGAAUAAGGAUAAAUAUUGCACAGUUUCAUUUGAUUUGAGCUCCAAGCAGUCUACCACGCGUGAUGACACCAAAGUCGUUGGUUUCCCGACGUUGAACCAAUUUUCCAUUUGUUUCUGGGUUAAAUUCGUCAAUGUUGUACCACGCUAUGGAUAUUAUAUUUUGGACUAUUAUAACAAAGGCUCAGAAGAAAAUCUAAUAACUAUAAAAGUUGAGGCAGAACAAACUAAAAUGACUGUUUAUUUUUACUUGAGAGAGAAAAGUAAUGCUAUGAAAGGCACUGGCGCGGCGUUCAACAAAGAUGAUAAAUGGCACCAUUUCUGCGUUGUUCGAGAUAGCAACUCAGGUGAAACCAAUAUAUUUGCUGAUGGCGUCAACCCACGUAAGAACCCAAAAAAUAAUUAUAUGCUACCAAGAAAAGUUCCUUUGGCAGGAGGAACGAUGCAUUUCGGAGGAUUCAGAUCUAACUUUUUUCCAGGAAUGAUAUCAGAUCUGAAUAUCUGGGAUAGAAUGGUGACCAAUGAAGAGAUUACUAAGAUGGCUCAAUCGUGUGACGGUGGUAAUCGAGGGAAUGUGAAAGAUUGGGGUGAUAUCAAAGAUGAGUUGACACUCAGUAAAUUCACGGUCAUUACGCCUUCCAAGUGUAAAAAGUCAGAAUAGGGCCAUGUUGAGAUUCUACUGUUGUAUAU